AUGGGUUUCGCGCACAACAACGUCCUCCCCGAUAACCACUUCCGCAAGGACUGGCAAACCCGCGUCCGCACCUGGUUUGACCAGCCAGGGCGCAAGCUCCGCCGCCGCCAGGCUCGCAAGACAAAGGCUGCCGCCCUUGGCGUGCGCCCGCUCACUCUCCUCCGCCCCGCCGUCCGCGCACAGACCGUGCGCUACAACCGGAAGGUCCGCGAGGGCCGGGGAUUCACCUUGGGUGAGCUCAAGGAGGCCGGCAUUGGCAAGAAGGAGGCCCGCGGUGUUGGCAUUGUUGUUGAUCACCGGAGGCGAAACCUGAGCGAGGAGGGCAAGGCGAUCAACGUCGAGCGUCUCAAGGCGUACAAGGCGCGCCUCAUCGUCUUCCCGCGCAACGCUAAGAAGCCCAAGAAGGGUGACUCCACCGGCGAGGAGCUCUCUGCCCCCACGACCCGGUCCAACCUCUCUCUCCUCGACCCAUACGUUCACGAGGCUCCCCGCCAGAUCACCGACGAGGAGCGCGAGUUCCAGGCGUACCGCACCCUCCGCCAGGAGCGUGGGCGUGCUCGCAACGAGGGUCAGCGCAAGGUGCGGGAAGCUAAGAAGGCUGAGGAGGAGGCAAGCAAGAAGAAGUAA